AUGGCCUUACUCCUGUCUGGAUUGUUGCCUGCAAAAUCGGACGACAUCCCUGACGGAGCUCACAGUACCGAGUGCCGUGACUGCUACUUUGUGAUGGCUGUGGAUGUUGCGUUCACUGGAGAGGAACUUCACUUUGAGGCCGUAGAUGAAACAGGCGUGUACCCCAUCACUCAGAAGUAUUCAGCUGAGUGUGGCUACACUGUCAGUGUUCUCCCUCGAACCGGCCAAGUGGAGCUCCGAGCCUCCUACUUCAGCUGUCACACUGACAAUAAAGUGUCUGUGAGCAGUGAGGUGGCCUGUCCAUCUGGAGAGACCACUGAUGAUUGGAAUGCUGAAAAGCAUGCUCCAGCUGCUUCAGACUGGCAGGUGAUGUUUCACACAGCGGAGGAGCAGUUGCAACCCAUGAACCUCUCUGAAGCUCGUGAGCAGGGCUACAUGAUUGACCUGACGGAUAGACGUAUUGUAUUUCGUACGCCCUAUGGACAACCUCACUCAUCCAGUCUGGAGGUGAACGGUGUUCCAGUAGAGGUCGUCCAUGCAACUCUGUUCUCCAAACAAAGCUGGGUUUUCAUCAUUGUGGACCUCAUGGCUACUUGCUCCAUGCAUGAAGGAUCAUAUGAUGAUGCUGGAUACAUGGUGUGGGAGACUCCUGAACUGCUGAACCCGCUGGUGUCUGGUCUGAACAACACACAGAUCAACAUCGAUGUCGGGGGUGAACUUGUGCAGCAGUCGGUUGCAGAGGAGAUGGGCUUCAUUGUGGAGGAGCACGACGGCAAAGUGGAGAUCAGCAUCCCCUAUAAUGCUGAAGGAGGAUACAGGAAGAGCUUUGUGUCUGGUGGCCUCAACGAGUUUUACGUCUUCCACCUCUACUUGGAGCAAAUCUUUGUGAAUAAGGAUCAAGAAGAGACCAGAGUGAAGUAUCACAGGACGCUGGCCAGUCCCAUGCUGCCGCUCGAAGUCUUCACUGUAAACCAAACUGUUGUUGAAGAGCACACGUUCACCAUCUACCUCGGCGACAUCCCUGAUGACAUUGAGCUGUCUGCAGUUGAGCUGAAUGGCCACAAGUGUGAUGCUCCCUUUACAAAUACAAGCGGCCACACCGUCAUCGAAGUCUUUCAUCCCAACAACACCCAUGGCUACACUCUGACGGUGCCUUUCGAUGACCCUGUUGUCCUACAUCAGUUCUCUAAAGAAGAUGAAGCUAUGAAGCACAUCCUGGAAGUCAACUACACACUGACCGUUCUGCCUGAGAAUGAGCCGUAUUUCCACCUGACCUCAGUCAUGGCACUAUCGGACAUAGCUCCUCCAGAGUUUGAUGCCGUCUGUGCCGAGUCUGGCAUCAUCUUCAAACUGGAGCACCGGCCUUUCGACUACCUGUGGCACAUCAGUAUCGGUUCUGACCUGCUGACUCCAGAACUGGCAACCCAGCAGGGCUACAUCCUGACCAAUGAUAGUCAGACUCUGCUGCUCGAGGUGCCGCUCUUCACGCCUGGAUACGUGUACAGGGACUUUAGUUUGAAGGGCUUCAUUGGUACUUUUGAGAUCCUGGUGAAGGAUCGUGAAACAUCAGAGGUCCUGAGAUCAGCUGUCAAGACUUGUCCAUUCACUGCUACUGAAUUUAUAGUGUGUUCCAGUAAUGGCAAGAUGACUGUGGUGGCCGACUUGUCUCUGGCCGGCCCAAGUGGAGGAAUCCCUGCUACAUCCAACCUCCUGAAAACAUUCUGUGAACCCAAAGAAGCAGACGACACCAGGGCUCUGUUCUCCUUCCCCCUCAACAGCUGUGGAUCCACAGUCAAGCUUGUGAAGGAAAAGGUGACCUAUCAAAAUGAGAUUUUCUACAGCAAGAGGCACUCCAGUGACAGCCAGGUGGCUUCCGAGCCGAUUACCGAGAGGUUGAUAGUGCAGUGUGUGUACCCUCUGGCUGGGCUCCACCGCCUCUUCUCUGUGCACAAGUUUGAGUCUGACACGCCCGGCGUCGGCAAAAUCAUCCGCACUUCCCAGUCCUCCACAGAAUUUCAACAGACCACCACCGUCAAGCCGAGUACAGAACAUCGAACCACACUGGCUGCCAGAAGGACAACCAGAGCACUUGCAGUUUUCCACCCAACUGCUCGCUACAUCAGAGACCUCAAGGAGCUUUACAAACCAAACUGA